GUGUAAUCAGGGGCAGGGAAUCAAGACACCACAAGGCCCCCAAAGUUGAGGGUGAAAGUGUGUAAAUCAGGAGCGAAACAGAGACCAACGAGGGCCCCAGAGCCAGUGGGAGAGGUGGUUUAACUCUGCGAGCAGGAAUCAGCAACUCCGCAAGAUUCAGAGCCAGGGAGGAGGACUUUCCUACAGGGAGACAAAAAGCCCUUCAGUACAUUGAGUCAAAGCUAAAAAUGCAGAAAUACAGAAGCAGGAAACUAAAGCUGAGAGAUGUCCUGGAAAUCACCCCAGAAAGUGUAAAGAACUGGACUCCCCAGACAACAGAAGAUUUACCGUGGCAUUUCCUGAGGAAGCUCAUGGCUCUGAAUGGGACGGCCAGAAGCACAAAGCUUGAGCACGGGGCACUUGGUGAUCAAACUCUAAUUAUGGACAAAGAGGAGCUGGGUAUUCAUGAACAUUUUUUUUCCCUCAGUGAUACAGACACCAGUGAUUCUCUGAACCCCCUCGAUGUUCUCUGUGCCGUGCUGCUUUGCUCAGACAGUUUCCUACAGCAGGAGAUCCUGUCCAAAAUGUCCAUGUGCCAGUUUGCCCUCCCUCUGCUGCUGCCUGCCAUCAACACCUCCAAGGGCACCCUACUGCUGUGGGCCAUGAGGGACAUUGUAAGGAAGUGGAGGCCGCACUCCCUGGCAGAGAGCAGAGGGUUCAGAGAGGAGAGCCUGGUGCUCACGUCACUGCCAACCAUUUCCUUUGUGCGGCUGGGGAGCUGCAGCUUCUCCAAGUCCAAACUCCUCAAUGACAUUCUCAGCCCCUCCCACCAGCACCACGAUUUCUUUAUCCAUCAGGACAUGGAGUCUGGGAAUGUCCCUCGGGAAAUCGCAGAUGGGCUGGUCGAGAUUUCCUGGUAUUUCCCCGGGGGGAGGGAGAAUUCAGAUCUUUUCCCAGAACCCGUUGCAGUUACAAACCUGCGCGGAGACAUUGAGUCACAUUGGCUGCAGUUCAGCUUUGUAACAGUGAUCUCCUCAGCAGUGUUCAUAGUUACUGAGGGUAUCAGUGAGAGACAAUGCACAUUGUUAUCAACUCUGCAGGGAUCAGACACUAAAUACUACUUCAUCUUUAAUAAUCAGGCUGCGACAUCCAAGGAAACACUGAGAUUCCUGAAAAAGUUGGUCCUGGCGCUGAAACUGAACAACUCCCAUGUGCUGCAGAAAGGACGUGCCACAAAUCAGGCAGCAUAUGUAAAAGCUGUACAGUCUGCAAUAGCAGCUAUAAUGAAGUCUUCUCCCAAGAGAGUGAGUAUAGAAGCCAUGGCUAAGACAGCACGUCAAUUAGGCAUCCAGGUAGAUGAGGAUAAUGAGAAAUGCCAGCGUGCCAGUGAAUGUGCAAAGGAAAUCACCGUACACAUAAAAGAUGUGGCAAAGUACAAGAGGGAAAAGCUGAGACUCCAAGGGGAGACAUGGAAAAAUUUGGCUGAAGUGGAAAAAGAGCUGUGCCAAAUGAGAAAGCAAGGAAACGUCCCUCUGGAGAAAUACAAGUCUCAACUGAAAGAGAAAUUAAUAGAGUUACGUGUUCAGCAGAAUAAACAUGACCUGACUGAUGGUUUGAGUAAAUUUAUUGCUGGACUAGGCCUGCUGCCUCCCGAGCAGAAACAUUACUUCCUGAAAUGGAUGAAGUUUGACCUGGAUCACAUUGCUCGGGAGAAUCUUUCUCAACUGCGGGAUCAAUAUAAAGAGAAAUGCAAAAACUCAAAAGAUGACCCCCAAAUGUUUGCAGAGUUAGACAAAUUAAUCUCUGCCAGUUCCUUAGGGGUAGAGCAUUUCAUGCGUGAGUUGGGGCAGUUCUAUGAGGCUGAGCACACAAUGGUGAAGGAAGGUAAAAGGGAAGAAAGCCAAAGACAAUUCAUCCAUCUCCCAAGCAUAGCAGCUGACCUGAUGCUGGAAGGGUUUCCCAUGGAGCUGAUCGAUGGAGAUGUGUCCAACAUCCCACUGCAGUGGGUAACAGAUGUUCUGACCCAUCUUCAUGCCAAGCUGGAGGGAAGAUCCAGAAUGCUGGUUCUAACGGUGCUGGGAGUGCAAAGCACUGGCAAAUCCACCCUCCUCAACACCAUGUUCGGCCUGCAGUUUGCAGUGAGCAGUGGCCGAUGUACGCGAGGAGCCUUCAUGUUACUCAUUAAA